UUUCCUAGUCUCCUCGACGUCGUCGCUGCCGUCGUUGCUGCUUUUGCUACUGCUGCUGAUACUUCUUCUGUCGUAUUGUUCUUGGUUGUGGUCGUGGUCGUGGUCGUGGUCGUGGUCGUGGUCGUCGUCGUCUUCGUCGUCGUCGUUGUUGUCGUUGUUAAAGUCUUCGUCGUUGUCGUUGUUAUCGUCGCUGUCGUCGCUACAGUUGCCAACGUAGGUCGUGGUCGUAGCGAUUUUAAUCCCUUAUACUCCCUUUGUUAAUCUUUCCUGUUCUCUCUUUUGACUUUUCCGAAUAAUCAACGAUUCGUAUAAUACGCGAUUUUUUCGAACACGAAACCGGCGUCUCGUUCGACUCGACGACGUUCACAAAAUUCACGUACCUCCUCCUCCUCCUCCUCCUCCUCCUCCUUCUCUCUUUCUCCUUUUACACUCCCUUCUUUCGCCACCUCCUCCUUCUCUUCCUCAACCUCCACCACCACCUCUUCUUCCUUCUCCACCUCCACCUCCUCCUCUUCUUCUUCUUCUCCUCCUCCUUCUUCUCCUCCUCCUCCUCCUCCUCCUCCUCGUCCUCCUCCUCCUUGUCGCGCCAACAAAACGCGAUAUAUUAAUCCGUCGUACAGCUCGUGACGACGCUCACAGUUAAAAGCAACGGCCAACGUUGCCGUUGGUUCCAGCUUUUCGAACUAUCUGUUUCUUUUUUUUUUUUUUUUCCUUUUCCUCUCUUCACAAUGUGCUCAGCUAAAUUGUAUAAUGUGAAAAGAUAGAGAAUAAUGUAAGAUCGAUGGAGAAAUUAGACUGACAGGAGAGAAAGAGAUUGACUGACAGUUUAGAGAAGGAUAGACUUAAAGAAAAAGAGAUAAAGAAAGAAGAGAGAGGGAGACGAUGAGUCGUUUAUGCUUCUCUUUUACUCUCAAGAUACGCUCUCGCGCUCGCACAUGCUCACACUCUUACUCUCACUCUCUCUCUCUCUCUCUCUCACUCACUCUCUAUCUCUAUCUCUAUCUCUCACUCCUUUCCCCCGUUCGGUAAUUUACACCUUUGCGCGAAAAUAAACAAAAUGGCGACGAUAUAGUUACUCUUGGUGCCGUCCGUUUGUCUACCUAUCCGUUUCCCUUUCCUUCUCGAUUGACUUUUUUAUUUCUCUUUCUUAUUAUUUGCUCUAUUUAUUACCCGUAAAAUUUUGUCUUUGUGUUUUAAGCGAGAACUAUAACGACGAAUAGAAGACUCUCUCUCUCUCUCUCUCUCUCUCUCUCUCUCUCCCUUUCUUUCUUUCUUUCUUCUCGUUGCUCGACUUGAUGCAAUCGACAAGCUAAAACGAAAAAAUAAUAUAUCUUCAAAGGUGAUAGGUUGGCAAUGACCAAUCACAAUAUUCCUUUUUAUAUUCGUCCACUGAAAGUACCUUUAAUUAAAGCAUAUAUAUACAUAUAUAUACUUUAUAUAUAUAUAUAUAGUGUGUGUAUAUAUAUAUAUAUGUAAUUUUAGAUAAUAAUGAUUAGAGAAAAUAAUGAUUGAGUAUACGCUCUAUUAAAAUGCUUUGAUCUGAUUUAUGUUCGGCAAUCUCUAAAAAAAAAAUUUCCCUAGUUUUUAAGCUCUCUUAUUGACUGAAAACGAAGGGUAUCUAUGUAUGGGCUCAUGCGAACGAAAGAAUUAGAUUUUAGUAAGUAAAUUGAAUUAAAUAAAUGUUACUGGAUUUUUAAAAAUAUAAUAAUGUUCUAAAUGUUUAUUAAAAUUGAUCUAAUUAGAUAUAAAUGUUCGAAAAUCGAAAAAAUACUUUAUAUUAUAUCGUUCAAAUUAUUUUUAUUAACUACAAAUACGCGCGUCGCUUUAUAUAAAUAUAAUUACGUAGAUUUUUAUCCAUUCAUCAAGGUCAACCACACUAAUCUCGUCAAUGUUUAAGUAAUUUAAAAAUAACUUACCAAGAAAUCAAUCGAAUAUCGAUUUCAUUUCAUUUUUAUUUAAUCAGUAAAUGCUAAAAUUGAAACAAUUAUUCUGUCGUCAUUAAUCCAUUAGCAUACAAAAAUAAGAUUAUUUCGUUUCAUGUCUUUAUUUUCCUCGAAUCCUUUUUUUUUCUUUCCUUUUUUUUUUUUUUGUUCAAAUAAUUAUUAACAUUUUUAACAUUAAUGUAUGUAAAAUCGCGGCAUCAAACACAAAUAAUAUUACGUAUGAAUAUAUGUAUGUAAGUACUUGUGUAAUUUUAAAAGAUUCCAAUGUUAUCGUUUUCAUUCACGUAGUAACACUUCCGGCGUGAGUUUAAGUAUACUAUGAAAAAUAUAAUGAAUAUAUGUAUAUACAUACAUCUAUUACAUUAGUUUAAAUCAAGAAGUCUCACAAUGCCUUGAGUCGUUGGAUUAUCUAUUUAAGUAGAGUAAAAAUUCCUUUAAUAGCAUAUGUACCCUAUAUGUAUAAGAAGGUAUUAGCAGAUUAUUAAAAUCAAAUUUGAUAAAUGUAACUAAUGCAUAUGUGUGUAUGCAAGAGAAAAAAAAAAAAAAUAAUAAUAAAAAAAAAAAAACAAUAAGAAAAACAGAUAAAUAAAGAAAUAUAUAAAAACGAGAUAAAUAAAAAACAAAAAACAAAAAAAUGAAAGAUAAAAAAAGAAAAAAUCUUAUACCACACUUAUAUUCUAAUACUCGAAGAAUUUAUAUCUUUAAUAUUUAUUUCUAAUACGAUCAUACGAUGUAUUAUUAUAAUAAUAAGUUUUGAAUUUUAAAAACUUCUUUAAAAUAAAGAAUUUUAUACGUAUAAUUUUACUUUGAUACCUCCACGGUAACCAAUGGUACCAUACGGUGAUAUUAAUUUUCUGUCGAUUACUAUGGUAACGAUAACUACAUUAUUUACAUCGUGACACAUGCUACUUUGUCUCUAAGUAAAUUUCAAUCGAAUCAAGAGCGAGGAGUAAGUUGUUACUCUCUUUAACUUCUUUCAUUUUUAUUGAUUAUUAUUUAAAAAUAAAUAAAAAUCUUUUUACAAAUUGAAUCUAAUCAGAAGGAUGGAUAUUAAACCGCUUGAUAUAAUUGGAAUAAUAGGAUUUGAUGGUGUUACGAAAAAUGCAUUAAGAUUGCAUCCCGAUCAAGAGCAUAUGAUUUAUCCGAUGGGAAACAAAGUAACGAUAAAAAAUGUAGUCUCCAGUGAACAAUCCUUUUUAACCGGACAUACAAAUUUAAUUUCUGCGGUAUGUGUUUCUCCAUGCGGUAAUUUUGUGGCUUCUGGACAGAUAAAUCAUUUAGGAUUUAAGGCCAUGGUCAUCGUUUGGGAUUAUCAUAAUCGUACUGUAAAAAGUAGUUAUGAAAUUCAUAAGGUAAGAGUCGAAGACGUUUGCUUCACAUUGGAUAGCAAUUAUUUGAUAAGCCUUGGUGGAAGAGACGAUGGUAACGUUGUAAUAUGGGACGUACGAAAUAACGACGCUAUGUGCGGAUCAUUUGCGAGUAAUGAAAUAGCUGGCAACACUUACACAAUAACAAGAAUGAAUAAACACGAAGAAUGUUUUCUUACUGCUGGUGAUAGAACCCUUAAAGUUUGGCGAAUCGAUUCGAAAAGAAGAAAGAUAUAUGGCGUAAACGUGAAAGUAGGAAAAUUAAGACGUUCGAUAAACUGUAUCGUUAUAAAUGAAAAUGAUACUUACGCUUAUUGCGGAACAUCCUCGGGUGACAUUAUAAAAGCAAGAUUGAAUUAUCGUUCCGAAGAUGAAGAACAAGCGGAAUCGGUGAUGAUAGGUUGCUAUUCGAAGAUGUACAAAGGAUUGAAAAAAGUGAAUCAAGCAAAAGGCGAAAUAGAAUGUUAUGCUGGCGGAGUUGAGAAACUUUUGCUUCUAAAUGAUGAGAAAAUGAUUGUUGGCGCAGGUGAUGGUACAGUCGAGCUAAUCGAAAUUAUGGAUAUAGAUUUUAGUAAGAGCAAGUUCGCCAAACUACCGAGUACACCGCAAAUCAAAACUCAUCUUGUAGAAAAUGUCUGUGGUACUGUGACGUCAAUGUUAUUAUACAAGAAUGAUUUUAUAUUGGUUGGAACUGCCCUAAGCGAGAUCUAUCAAAUAAGAUUGGCCGAUUUCGAUAUGAGACUUCUCGUAACUUGUCACAACAGUUCCAUAUAUUCCGUCGUGUUUCCUUGGAAUUAUUCUGAAAUAUUUGCAACAGCUGGAAAAAAUGAUAUUAGAUUGUGGAGAUUAGAAACGCAAAAGGAAUUGCUUAGAAUUUCUGUACCUAAUUUUGUCUGUAGCUGUUUAUGUUUCUCUCAUGAUGGACGAAUGAUAAUUUCUGCAUGGAAUGAUGGUAUUGUAAGAGCGUUCACACCGCAAAGAGGUAAACUUAUCUUCAUUAUCCAUAAUGCUCAUAUAAAAGCUGUAUCGGCAGUCGUGAUAACGGCAGACGGGAAAAGAUUAAUCAGCGGGGGUUGCGAUGGACAGGUACGUAUAUGGGACAUAAAACCCGAUGUACAACGACUUGUCUCAAUUUUGAAAGAACAUAGAGGACCCGUAACAUCAUUGUGUAUAUCCUCUAAUAACGAGGAUUUGAUUAGUUCGAGUACGGAUGGUACUUGUAUAAUAUGGGACGUAAUACGUUGCGCGAGGAAGCAGGUUUUAAUGGGUAAUACGAUGUAUAUGGCCGCAUGCUUCAGUCCCAAUAGCAUACAAAUCUUAACUUGCGGUACAGAUCGUAAGAUUGGCUAUUGGGAAACGUGGGAUGCUUCGUUGGUUCGUGAAAUCGAGGGUUCUACCUCAGGAUCAUUGAAUUGCAUAGACAUUAGUCCUGAUGGACAAUACUUCGUCACCGGCUCGAACGAUUGCAUUGUUAAGCUCUGGGAAUAUCAUACGGCCAAUGUCACGCAUAUUGGCAUAGGUCAUGCAGCGAUAAUAACGUCAUGUAAAUUUAGCCCCAACGGCGAACAUAUGGUAUCGGUGAGCGCCGAUGGUGCUAUCAUCAUUUGGAAAUCCCCAUUUACAAUGGCACGUGUCAAAACGCCAUCCGUCAAAUCAAAAUCAUCGACUGCACGUACAGCAACUGUUAAGCCAGAGGAAUCUGAAGUGAAAUGCGACAAUUUAAAGCUGGACGAUUUAGAAGGAGAGCAUGUCGCUGGUAUAAACCAAAUGGAUGAGACUGCUGAAAGUGUUAGGACUACAUACCAUGGCGAUGAUCAGCCACAGCCAUGUACACGUGAUCCAGCUGGUAUACCUUCACCAAUUUGCUCGUGCAUCAAAGACAAGGAUACAACGUCGGUAAAAUCUUUAAAGGUACAAAAUCCAAUUGAAGUAUCUUCGGGUGGUUGUCAUUGCGCGAAAAAUAUUACGGAAACGAAAUCAUUGCUUAGUACAAAACGUAGCUCGGUAAAACCAAUUGAAACAGCGAAAUCUGCUUCGUCUAGCCAACGCCGUGCGUCUCUGCAAAGCAAUAAGAAAUCUGUAUUAAAAUCGAAAGUUUCGACUGAACGAAAAUCUUUACAAUGAGUAAAUAUUAUAUUUAUAUCCGAGCAACGAUCGUAAUUUAUGUUUUAUGUAAUUAAAUAUGGAUAUUAUUUUAUAUACACUUUUGUAUUUGUGUUAAAACAAAUGUUAUGAUUGAUUCAGAUCAAGUGUAACAUUAAGAAUUGAAAAACACAUUAUUCGUAAUAUGUCCUGAAAUAUCAGAAGUAAGAUUGGUAUAUCGUACGAAAAAAAAAAAAAAAAAAAAAAAAAAUAAUAAAAAUAAAAAAAAAUAAGCCAUAUGAGAUGUAAAAAUUAUUAUUUUUUAGGCAAGCCUUUUACGAAACUCUUUGAAACACAGUUACACAACAUAUUGUUCCUUUAGUCAUGCCCGUAAGGGCAAUCACAGUUUUAUUAAAAUCUACAUGAAGAAUAAUUUUACUUUUGAAGGCAGACAUAUUGGAUAGAUAGUCGAGAUAAAUCUACGCAAUUGUAUGAUUGUCGCUGGAUAAAGCACAAGAUUAUAAAGAGGAACUCUAUAUUACAGAAUUCAACAAUUUUUUUAAAAUUAUUAUCGUACAUACAUAUAUAGUAUAUAAGCAAUAACAUAUUUUUCAUUUUCGAAAUCCAAUUGUAAGUCAAAAAAAUUCUUUAGGAUUUUUUCGUUUCCUAUUAUUAUUAUUAUUAUUAUUAUUAUUAUUACUUUAAAGAUUUUUUAUGUUGAUACGAUCGAACAAAUUACUAUUUUUUUAAUCGAUCAUAAGUUUCGCAUAUUUGAAAAAGGACAAAUGUAACAAAUGUAAACAUUGAAUUAUAUACAUUAUUAUAAAUAUUUGUAUGAAAAUUAGUAUUUUCAAUUGUAUUGAAAUUUAAUGUUUGCCUUAUACAUCAUUAUCGGUGAUGAGUCAAUGCGAAAAAGUGACAACGCCAGUGGCGCAGGAUAGACAACCUGUCUCUGUUGCCAACUGCUGCCACUACGCGGCGCUAGUCUCUCCACUCAUGUCCGCUAUACGGAGCGAUAGAGAUUUUUUAUCAAUUAAUUAUCUACUUUUUUUACACAAAUUAAUUCUACAAGCAACUUAUAGUUGUCUAUGCAAUGAAGUAAUAUUUAAAUUUUUUAAAGAAGACCGAUCAAAUAAUAAUGUAACAUAUCAAAAAUUCACAUCAAAAAAUAAUUUUUUUUUUUUUUUUUAAGAACAUCGUUGGAGAGAAGAAAACUAAUAUAAAAACAAGAACAAACGUAUGCAUAGAAAAUAUAUAUAAUAUUUUUUUUUUUAAUUCUUAUCAUAAAAUAUGCAGUAAAACAUAAGCAAAGUCAUAUUAAAAAUAGACACAUUUUAUUCAACAUUAUACCUGCAUAAUCAGGUACAUAUUAUUUUGAUUUAUUUUGGUAAAGAAAUAAAAUAAAACUGUAUAUAUUAUAUGAAGAGAAAAAAAAAAAAAAAGAAAAAAACUAAUCUAUAUGAAAUAAAAAUCUUAUUCUUAGCAAUAUAUUAAACAUUUCAUAAUGAAUGAUUAGGAACAUAAUAUAUGCAUAAACUAAAUUGAUUAUAAGUAAAUAUAUAUGUAUAUAUCUACUUUAACUUAUUACUCUUAAGUGCAAUUUAUGUACAAUAUAAGAUAAGGAUUUGUAAGCCUCGAAAAGAAUUUAUAUUGAUAAAAAGUUUUUACCGUUAAUAAAAUGAUACCAUAUGAUGCUUAAGCAUCAAAGAAAGAUCACAGUUAACCCCAUGCUGGACUUUUGCAAUAAUGAAUGAUCAAUUUCCCAUCAGCACCGUAACAAUCGUAUAAGUUUUUUACUGUUUGAUCUGGUGCUGGUGCAAAAGUUUGAUUUACAUAAAGAAACUGAAAAAAGAAAAACAAAAGAAUAUAUAGAUAAAUAAAUUUGUAAAGAAAAAAAUUUUUUUUUGUUUAUAUUUCAUGUGACAUAUUUUAAAUAUUUUAUAGACUUACUAAUCUUUCAGAGGAUUCUAA